AUGCGGCUUCUGUUCCUGGCGGUGCUGCGGCCGCACACGGGCAACGCGGUCACGGCGCGGCGGGUGCGGGCCCACCUGGAGGCCGAGGGCCACGUGUGCCUCCUGAGGGACGCCUCCGACUUCGCGGGCCCCAAGGACGUCGCCGAGCUCAUCCGGGCCGAGGCCGUGCAGGCGGCCCUGGCGCUGCACCUCUACCGGGCCGGCCGGCUCCUGCAGGGCCACGGCGUCCCGUUCGGGGUGGUCUUCGGCGGCACGGACCUGAAUGAAGACGUGCAGCAGGGGGACAAGCACCGCGUGAUGGGGGCGGUCCUGGAGGAGGCCAGGUUCGCUGUGGCGUUCACCGAGGCCAUGCGGGCGGCGGCGUGCCGGCAGUGGCCUCACGCCGAGGACAAGAUCUGUGUCCAGGGCCAAGGAAUCACCACGGCUCCCAACGCCGCCUUCGGGUGGGGCACCUUCCUCCAGCGCGCAGGCAUUCCCCAGAGCGCGGACACCCUGCACGUGUUCCUGCUCAUCUGCGGGCUGCGGCCCGUCAAGGACCCGCUGUUCCUGGUGGACGCCUUCGCGGAGUGGCACCGGGAGGAGCCGGGCGUGUACCUGGUGAUCGUCGGCCCCGAGGUGGACCCGGUGUUCACGAGGGAGGUCAAGGCCAAGGUGGAGAGGGCGGCGGGCGUGCGGCUGCUCCCCGAGAUGGCCCAGGCCGACCUGCACGCGGCCGAGAAGAACUGCCUGGCACUGGUCAACAGCUCGCUCUCCGAAGGCAUGUCGGCGGCCAUUCUGGAGGCCAUGGACCUGGAGGUGCCGGUGCUGGCCAGGAACAUCCCGGGCAACGCGGCCGUGGUGCAGCACGGGGUCACCGGGCUGCUGUUCUCGGACCCUCAGGAGUUCGUGCAGCUGGCCCGGAGGCUGGUCCGGGACCCCGAGCUGGGCGCUGAGCUGGUGGCGCGGGGCAGGGAGUACGUGAGGACGCGGCACUGCUGGCGGGCGGAGCGGGACACCUACCAGCGCCUCGUCCGCUCGCUGGAGGGGGGCGCGGCCCGGCCGGCCUGCUGA